UUCACAGACAGCCAACACUUCUUGGUUUUGAUUUUUUUAAAUCCUUCGUUCUUUCAGUUUGGGCAGUCACGAGGAAUCACAGAAUUCGGAAGAAACGUGAGCGGAAGAGAUGGGGAGCGAGACAUUGUUGUCGGGCGAGAGCGUGAUCGUGGUCAUGGAUGCUAACCGGAGCCGUGGGAAUGUUUCGGCUCUCAAAUGGGCUCUGAACAACGUCGUUCGUCCCAAGGACACGGUCGUCGUGCUCGGGAUUCUCUGCGAGUGUGGAAAGAAGAGCUCGUGCUUUCCCUUCUACAUGGGCAUCGGCAUUUCCACCAUUUUGGAAAGGUUAGAGUUUUCAACACAAGGUGACAUGACGCCGAGGGUGCUCGAAGAAGAGAUUAUAAAGAAGAGAGAAGAAUAUCAACAUGCUCUUCAGCCGUUCUACCGACAAUGCAAGAGGAGCGAGGUGAAGUUGGAAGUGAAGCUCGCUGCAGGAUUUCCUCCAAGGAUGAUCACUGUUGAAGAAGCACGAAAUGCGAAUACUCGUUGGAUUGUAUUAGACAGUCCCUUGAAGAAAGACAGAGUCUUUAUAUUCAGCCAGGUAAGCUGCAACAUUGCUGUGAUGAAAGGCUGCAAUGUAGCAACCAUAAUGCCAUCGCUAGCUGCUGAGUGCAACAAUCGAAGGCCCAUGAACAUCGACGCAACUACUUCAUUCACUCAGCCCGAGAAAUCACACCCCGAAGAUCUUAAUCCUCUCCAAGAAGAAAAUGAUCCCGGAUCGCCCCUUUCUACUCCUUGUUGGCUCCCGCUCUCAUGGCAGCCUGGUUUCCCCCGAUGUUUCACUCUUGCUGAUCUUGAAACCAUAACAAACAGCUUUGCUGAUGAGAAUGUUGCUUAUAAAGAUGAGAAGUUGCAAGUCUAUGAAGGUGUCCUUCUUGAGACUCCUGUUCUUGUCAAGCGCUUUGCUGAAGGCAAUGAUCGGUUCUGGUCUGAGUUCAAAGUACUAAGUGCGGUCCGUCAUCGCAACAUUCUCAACCUUGUGGGGUACUGCUGCACGGCUUCUACGAUGUAUCUCCUGCAUGACUAUCCAUGCAAUGGUUCUCUGGAUGGACACCUUCAUGGCAUCGAUUCAAUGGCUAAGAAACUAUCAUGGAAAGUGAGGUGGGAAAUUGCGCUAGCGAUCGGUGGUUGCCUACGCUAUCUUCAUGAGGAGUGUGCUGAAGGGCCUUUCGUGCAUCUUGGUGUCCGCUCAUCUAACAUUGUUUUAUCGCAUAACCGGUCUGCACUGCUUACUGGAUUUAACUCUGCUAGGCAGAUUGGCGACAGUACCACAUCUGGUGGAAGUUUGCCUGUUGAUGGACACUUCGAAGAUGGUAAUCUGGCGGGAGAUGAGCUCCUUUCAAUCGAUGUACAUGCAUACGGAUUGUUACUUUUGGAACUUAUAACUGGACAGCAACUCACCAGUCGUGAAUCUCGUGGAGUUGGUCAGGCAUUGACCCUCUUGGAGAAUGGAUCUCAUGACCAGCUGAGGGAUCGGAGGUUGGUUGAUUCAGCUGACGAGGUUCUAUGCAUGGCGUCAGCUGCAUUGCUAUGUCUAAGGAAGUGUUCCUCUCCUCGGCCUUCUAUAAGUGAGGUGUUGACUGUGGUUCGAGGGGAUCGAUUUGCGGCAGGUCUAAAUGGUGAAUUCAUUUGAUGGCAUUAGUUAAGACGGUUCAGAUCUGAAUUCCGACCCGACUAGAAAGACACUUUGACAGAGCUCAGUUGUG